GUCAGAGUCCACACACACACAUGCACACUGACACACACACAAAUAUAGACAUGCUUCAGUACUGAGGGGUAUAAACUUGUACACACACACACAUGCGCACAGAGGGGCUUCCCUUGUGAAACCUCUCAAACUUGAUUGUCUUAAUUAUUUUCAACCGCUCACAAACGCACACACACACGCAAACAGUAGCUGUCAACAUGUUGCUUCCAGGAGCUGUUAUUCUGUUGAGCCUGUGGGGUUGUGCUUACUGUGUUCAAUAUUGGGCAGAUUUCAACAUGAUGGGGGUCACUGGUUGGGUCUUCUUUGAUUCCACGGACCAGAAGUCCACUGUUAACCUCACUGGCACCGGCACAUGUCGAUGGCUCAACAUCUCCCUCACUACAUUCCCAGUUAUGUACGGCCAUUUUAGUUCGCCCUGUCAGAAAUCACACAUAGGAGACAGUGUUUUUGUGUUUUCUGUAGAUCUGACCCAGGCUGUCGUAAAUGUGUCCAGUCUUUUUUCUCAGCACUUUAGUCUGGAUGCCCUCUCAGUGGUGGUGCAGACAUGUGAUGGUACCAGGGUUUGUGCUGGACUCAUGCCCGAAUCCCAAGUCAAAACAUGGCAGGCACGAUUUUUCAGUUCUGUAGCUGGGAACAUCUACAUCCGCCAAGUGACAGGGGAACAAGGAGCAAGUGUUCUCUCAAAUCUAAGAAAUGUCAAUCAGAUCACGACAUUCGCAAAUGUCAGCAUUUUUGUUUCCCAAAGCUCUGCCACAAACUGCACUUCUCUUCUUGGCAGUCUGGAUCCAACAAGUCUCACAAGACUUGGAGUUUUGAACAUUGGAUCCCCUCUUGAACCUGUGAAAUCUCGCUUAGAUAUUGCCUCUCUCAGUUCUGAAUUCCGCUUUGCUCUCCUCAACCUCAAUAGCCCAAGCUACCUGUGUGCGGAAAUCAGAACUCUUGCUCCCAAGGUAGUUAGCGCAGUCUUAGACAUGUUAGGGAUUAAAGGAUACUUCACCUUUCGUCAAGCAUCACCAUUUGAUCUUACCACCAUCACGGUUAACCUGACACACCUAAACAGGAGAGUUGGACCUUUUCAUGUCCACCAGUUUCCACUGCCAGAGAUGAGAUCACCCCCAGAGAGCAGCUGUAGCAACAACAACGUGGGGGGUCACUGGAACCCCUUUAAUGUGAAAGUUCAGGCCCCGGCAUAUCCGCCCCCAAGAAAUUCCACUCAUGAUCGCUUUGAGGUUGGAGAUCUGAGCGCCAGGCAUGGAUCUUUGGAGAACUCAAAUAACUUUCAGGCCACUUUGACAGACUGGAACUUACCUCUGUUUGGACAUAAUAGCAUUGUAGGUCGUUCUGUCGUGAUACACCAACCCAAUGGAGCUAGAUUUGCCUGUGCUAGUAUAGGCUACCCUGGCAAAGUGACUGUUGCUAGGGCAGUCUUCCGAAGUCCUGUGGUGGGGACUGUCCUCUUCACCCAGCUCAGCAGUGACUCAUACUCAGAAGUCUCAGUAUUCAUGGACCUAUCUUAUGGACAACUUUCGACACAAGCCACACAUAAUCAUAACUGGCACAUCCACACCUAUCCUAUCAGCACAGAGACUGACAGUGACAAGGGAAGUUGUCUGUCCACUGGUGGACAUUGGAACCCAUUCAACAUAGAGACCAAUGUGAGUACCUAUAACAUUAAUUGUGGUCCAGACAGCCCUUUUGCUUGUGAAGUUGGAGAUAUCUCUGGCAAGCACAAGACUCUGGACCUGCUUCCAGAGGUGGGUACUGUAGCCACCAAGAGCUUCUUCACUGACACCACCUCCUGGGUGUCUGGAAUGAUUGGUCGCUCUUUAGUGGUACACGGUUCCAACCAAACAGCUCAACGAAUCGCUUGCGCAAACCUCACCUUGUUCCGUUUUCCAUCCGCUCGCUCAAAGUCUUGGCUGGGUCCUGGAUCCUCUGAAGGUCAAGUCAUAUUCUCCCAAGUCUCUCCGCAAGGACCAACAAUUCUCAACAUUUCUUUAACUGGACUCAAUGCCAGAGCUGCUAGCUACCACAUCCAUAUUCUUCCAAUCAAGAGCGUUUGGGAACCCUGCUCUGACAGCAACAUCAUGGGCCACUUCAACCCGCUUUCUGUGAAUGUGGCCUCUUCCCCUGCUCCAGGGAAUGGCACGGUUGACCAGUAUGAGAUUGGAGACAUCAGUGGGAAGUUUGGACCAUUAUUGGGUCAGAAUGACUUUCAAAACCAGUACAUGGAUGGUAACAUGCCACUUUCAGGGCUGAACAGCAUCAUUGGCCGAUCUCUGGUAAUACAUUACCUUAAUGGCUCAAGAAUGAGGUGUGCCGAUAUCUCAGCAGAGAAUUAUACAGAUGGAUACUUGGUGACUGCAAAGGCCACAUUCAGUAAUGCAGUAACUGGAACAGUGACCAUGUCUCAACAGAGUUUUCCAGAUGGCAGUUACAGUGACAUGAUCUUAGAGGUGGAUGUGCGUGCGUCACAAUCAUUUAAUGUUACAGAGGCAUCCUGGUACAUCGCUGAAGAUCCGGUGGGGUCGAGUCGUAGUACAUGUCCUGAAGAAAUGUAUAAUCCAUUCGACAUGAUAGCAGAGAACACUAGCUGUUCUCAGGUCAGUUCUCUGUCCUGUGAGGUAGGUGAUCUGACAGGUAGACAUGGCUCCAUUAGUCUCCUCAAGAGGCAGGUGUACAAUGACAUUAAUUUGCAGCUCACCGGAGACUUUACAGUUGUCCAGAGGUCAUUGGUUCUUAGACUCAGUAAUAGCACAACUGCGUGUGCAGAUAUUCUGCCAGCAUCCCCUUCUGCCAUGCAGAUCUUCCCCAGCGUGGCCUCCUUUAGCAGAUAUGAUUUCCGUAAGAGAGUGGCAAAUGUGCUCAACAUCCCAAUGUCUAGAGUGUCCAUCUUACCAAGUGCUUCUUCUGCGGGAUCUGAUGGGAAAUGCCAGCAGGUUGACUAUCUGGUGUCAGGUGAGGUGAGCCAAGACAAGUUAAAGUCUGUUAAGACCAGUGAGAAGAUGGGCAUGUUCAAAGAAUCAAAGACGUGCAGUCCAAGUGGAAACACUGGACUGAUGCUGGUCCCCUGCAGGACAAUAAUGAUCGUCAUGACAACUGUAGUCUGCCUGCUCAGGUCACUGAUCCAACAAUAGACGGACACUAAAAUAUCACAUUGAUGUCAGACCACUGCCUUCUACUUGUUGCAGAUGAGCCUACAGCAGACCCCCCCAACUUUGAAAAAUCAAACUGUAAAUAUUACAAGAAUUAAAACUGUAAAAUGUUCUUGCUUGGUAUGUUGGAAUUGCAUACUAACGUAGUAUGCACACUGGGCACAUUUUGUAUAUUUUCAAUAUACAUAAUAAGUAUUCAGUAAGUAUUAAGCUAGUAUUCCUUUCUGAGCAUUGCUUCAGUCCAAGCUUCAUCUCUGGCUGCACGUCAACAACAAACCCAUUUGAUUUAGUUGACUUUAUGUGCGUUUCACAUGUUUCAAACACACCCAUAUCUGUUUGUUCCCAUUACACCCUCUUUAUUUGAAAAUUAUAGGAUCGAAUUUCUCCAUUUUCUGGAUUUUGCUGCUCUAUUCUUCAGGUGCUUCAAAGGGAUUAACGAGACAUCUGCUAACCAUUGUAAAUUCCACAAAAGCCUGAAUUAACACUAUAUUAUACUCCUUUUACUCCCUGAUUACUUUCUGAUUUCUAUAUAUAUUGUACGUUUUGUAUGAAGCAAUCAAUGUGAAGACAGCCCUUGUUUUCGAGAUGUACUAUAUGUUGUAAGAUCAGAGAUCCCAAAUAAUGAAGGGUACUAGUUUGCUUGUGCAAUCUAAUAAAUUGUGUCUGCUUCGUGGGCAUAUUGCAGGUUAUUUUCUAAGAAUAUUUGCGCAAAUAGCCACAAAGAGGUUGAACGCACUCUUAUUUAAAGAAGAGUUUGCGCACGUAAUUGUACCAAAUGUUAGCCAUGCAGCUCACUUGUGGAUUCCUCUAAAUGGAUGUUAAGUAUGAUCAUUUAUAUGAUUUCUAUAAUGUAUAUAUGCCUAUAU